AUGGAUCAGACAUGGGUCUCCAUCAUCUUCUUUUCCUCAGCUGUCUGUGGCGUAUCUGCAUACGUUCCUCGUCAGUAUGUCUUUGUGAAUGAGAGUAAAAACUGGACUGAAGCUCAGAGCUACUGCAGACAGAACUACACUGACCUGGCCACCAUCAGUAACAUGGAGGAGAUGAAGAAGCUCAAUUCUACUCUAAACACACUGAAAAAUGCACCCAACAGCUCUGUUUGGAUCGGCCUAAAAAAGGGGUUGAUGGGAAAUGGCUAUGGUCUCUUGCAGAUGGAAAUUUCUAUAGAGGUGGAGACACGUACAGAAACUGGAGGAGUGGAGAACCUGACAAUGGGGGGAACAAAGGGGACGACUGUCUGUGGUGUAUCUGCAUACGUUCCUCGUCAGUAUGUCUUUGUGAAUGAGAGUAAACCCUGGACUGAAGCUCAGAGCUACUGCAGACAGAACUACACUGACCUGGCCACCAUCAGUAACAUGGAGGAGAUGAAGAAGCUGAAUGCUACUCUGAACAACAAACCUAGAAGCCCUGCUUGGAUCGGCCUAGCCAGAGGGGACACUGGGAAAUGGCUGUGGUCUCUAGCAGAUAGAGGUUUCUACGAGGAAGGAGACACUUACCGAAACUGGAAUAGUGGUCCCCCGAAAGAACCGAACAAUGAUGGGGGGAAUGAAUACUGUGUUGGGAUGUUUAUGGACAGUGGAAACUGGUUUGAUGUCAAAUGUAAUGACAUAUACACUUCUGUGUGUUAUGAUGAAAAGAAGACGAGCACUAAAAGAUACGUGUUCAUUAAUGAGACAAAGAACUGGUACGAUGCUCAGAGCUACUGCAGAGAACAUCACACAGACCUGGUCAGUGUGAGGAACCAGACGGAGAACCAGCUGAUCUUUAAUAUAUCAAAAAACUCUUCAAAUUCUGAUCGCGUUUGGAUCGGCCUGUUCAACGACUCCUGGCAGUGGUCGGAUCAGAGCGACUCCUCAUUCAGAUACUGGAUGUCUGGUCCAGAGAAUUAUGCUCAAGGAGAAAUGUGUGCUGCAGUGUUUGAGCAGGGCUACUGGAAUAAUGUGGCCUGCAACAACAAGCUGCCGUUCAUCUGCUAUGAGAAUAAGCUGAUCUUGAUCAAGCAGAAUCUGACCUGGAGAGAAGCUCUCAGAUACUGCAGAGAUAAUCAUGUGGACCUGGUCUCAGUUCACUCUGAGGAGAUCCAGCUCUGGGUGAAGGAGGUUUCACAGAACGCCUCCACUGAACUUGUGUGGUUGGGUCUGCGUCACACCUGCACUCCGGGUUUCUGGUACUGGUUGAAUGUUUCACCUAUGUGCUACCAGAACUGGGCUCCAGGUAACGGGACAGGAGGAGAAGACUGCAGCCCUGUAGAGAGAACCGGAGCGGUGCAGGCUAGAGGAGGUCAGCAGUGGGUCAGCCUGCCUGAGGACCACAAACUCAACUUCAUCUGCCUCACCUAUGAAGGAUAG